AUGGCCGCAGACAUGGGCGAUGACACUACCAUGAUGUCGGAAGAGCCAGAACUCGGAAACCCACAGCCAGAGUCUCUGAAAGAGACUAAUCCCACAGGCAACAACUGGAGCAUCGUCAUGGACCUCGAAUCCAGUCCCGGCUCUCUUCCAGGCUUUUACAUAUCCCAAGGGGAGUCGCAGCCAAGGCUUGCCAAUUGCAGCGACAUCAUCUCACGCGGUAUAAUCACACUGGAAGCAGCGCAACGCUACUUUGACGCCUACCAAACCCGACUUGACCACUUCCCAUACCGCAUCCUCGGCGACGUCGAGACGCGGACGCUCGAGUACGCCCGCUCCUCAUCACCGCUGCUCGUCGCGGCCGUGUCCACUGUCGGGGCGUUGCACCUCGCCUCGCCCGACUACCAGUCGUGCUGCGCGGCCUUCCUGUCGCAGUGCGCGUCGCAAACCUUCUCCAAGGACGUCAGCGUCGACGACAUCCGGGCGCUCUGCAUCGGCGCCUUCUGGCUCGGCGAGGUCGCGUGGACGCUCGUCGGCACGGCCGUGCGCAUGGCGACGGAGCUGCAGCUGCACAAGGCCUUCUUCCGCGCUCUCCGCGGCGACCGCAAGGCGUACCUGCACGCGCGCCUGUACUACCUCGUCUACAUCUGCGACCACCACUUCAGCAUCCCCUUCGGCCGGCCGCCGCUGACGCGCCAGUGCGAGGCGAUCCGCAGCGUGCGCCGCUUCCUGGACCUGCCGCGCGAGACCACGGCGACGGCCGAGGAGGACGCGCGCCUGGUAAGCCAUGUACUGCGGUGGACGGUGCUCUCGGACGCGGUCGACUCGUUCGGCGUCGACGUCAACCGGCCGCUCGGCGACGCGGACCUUCCCGCGCUGCGGCGGUACAACAUCGCCAUGGACACGCUGCGCGCCGAGUGGAUGGAGCGCUUCGCGCCCAACCCGCACAUCGGCAACUACCCGCGCAAGGGCGUCGCGCUGCAGUACCACUUCUCCAAGCUGUACCUGUGCUCUCACGCCUUCCGCGGCGGCGCGGCCGCCCGCACGGCGCAGCACUCCGCCGACGUCGUCGUGGAGCUCGACGAGAUCGCCAACGGCGCGGUGCGCGCGGCCACGGCGAUCCUGCGCUCCGUCAACGCCGACGAGGAGCUGCAGUCCUUCUUCGACGGCCUACCCGUCUACUUCGCCACGAUGCUCGCCUUCUCCAUCGUCUUCCUCAUCAAGGUCUCGUCGGCGCGCUUCGGCUUCGUGCAGGCGCGCACGAGCGAGAUCCGCCCGCUCAUCGCGGACACGGUCGCGGCGCUGGAAAAGGUCACGGCGCGGAUGCACAGGCGGCACCUGCUGGUGAGCAUGACCAAGGGCAUGCGCGGCCUGGUGCAGAAGAUGAAGGUCCAGGAGGGCACGGCGGCGCCAGAGCAGCAGCAGCAGCUGGCCGCGGUGACCGGCAUCCACGCGGCGGACCCGCAGCCGGCGUUGCAGGAUCCCAAGCUGAGUUUGGCGGCCGACGACAAUGAUGUUCUGGGCAUGUUUGGGGAGCCGAGCAACUUUUUCAUGGGAACGUAUGACUUUUUGGUUGACCAAGCAGAUCUGUCAGAGUUUCUGUAA